AUGACACAGUCCGUCACUGAGUCCUCUAUUUCCCCCGGCCCCUUGAGCCCCUUCUCCACCUUCUCGGUCGGUAGCGGCGUUACUUCUGAUGAUGCACCAGAUCUAGGAGCCUUCGGGACUGUUUUCAGGGCACUCACCAAUCUCCACCCUCUCAAUGGCACCGACGUUCGUAGUGCCACCCCCACAUCCUCCUUCGCCCUCUCCCACUCAGACGACUCGGACCCCCUCCAAGGGCCGUCCAACUGGUCGCAGAGGCGAGUCUCUUCGUACCUCACAUCCUCUCUCCCAGGAAGUCCCAUGCGCGAAGCCGCCUCCCUCCCGCUCGACACUGAAGACACCGCUUCGGAGUAUGACGACGGGACGGAGCUAGAAGUCCCUAUCGAAGACGAGAACGCUGUGGACCGCCCUUCGCUCGGAUACCUCGACCAAGCGUUGAUGUACCUCGCUGCAGAGCGAGAGAAACUCACGCUACAACGCGAGCUCCGCGGAGCCGGCUCAACAACCACCUCAGACAGUCCCUCCCAAUUCCCUCUCCCGGCCAUCCGUCGAAAGCGCAGACGCAAGUCUCGUUCUGCGCGCAAAGUCGCGCCCGAGGAUGGCACCCGUACGGAGACGGCGACGGGGGAAGGAGAAGGGCAGGACGAAGCGAGCGCCGACAACGAGGAUGGUGACUACUCUUCAUCUUCUCGCGAAGCGACCUCUUCCUCUCCACGACCCAAGACCACUCCUGCUACCCCUGCUACGUUCCGACGCGAGAAGCAGAAGCAACGCGCAGCCGCUGAGACAAACCCCCGCCUCCACCACAGUCGUUCCACACCCAGCCUACACGUUACGACACGAUCAUUCGACGCCCAAACGAUUCAGCUUCGCACUCUUGCCCACAAACUCAGGCUCCUCUUCCGAACAGAACGCCAGGCGCUUCUCGGUGUUCUUUCCAGGGACUUCACAUCCUCAGCUACCUACGCCGACCCCCGUGGGCCCGCUCCCACCUCUCAAGACACACUCAUCCAUGUUUUCAUUGACCACUCGAACAUCCUUAUCGGCUUCGUGAACUAUGCAAAGCGCCACCUCGGCCACAUCGUCCGCAAGAUCAAGCAGACCCACCUCUCGCACGCCGCGCUCGCACUCGUCCUCGAGCGCGGCCGGCCCGUCACCCGCCGCGUGCUCGUCACGUCCUCGCCCUCUACCAGCCGAUGGACGCCGCGGAGCAGCUCGGGUACGAGCCGCGGGCAGAACAACCAUAACAACGGCAACAACAACAGCAACGGCGCCGAAGCGGGCCCACCGCGCGCGCGGGGCAAGGCGCGGCAGCCUGCGCGCGGCCACGCGCAUAAGACGUCCACCGGCGGGAACGGGACGUCGACCGACCCGAACGCGAACGCGAACGGCGCGGCGGCCGCGCGGCAGCGGUACCGCGAGCAGGGCGUGGACGAGCUCCUGCAGCUGAAGCUGCACCAGGCGAUCGCGGACGUCGACGCGCCGCCGGCGGGGGCGACGAUCGUGCUCGCGACCGGGGACGGGAACGUGGGGCAGUUCAACGAGGACGGCUUCCUGGGGUGCGUGCGCACCGCGCUCAAGAAGGGCUGGCGCGUCGAGCUCUACGCCUGGGAAGGCGGCCUGAGCCGCGCGUGGAACCGCGAGUUCGGCGCCGACCGCCGGUUCACGGUCUGCAUGCUCGACGACUACGCCGCGGACCUGAUCGAGAUGCCGGAGGCGGUCGUGGGCGGCCACGGACUCUGA